GCGCGCGCCUAUAUAAAGGGAGUGAUGCAACGCCGCCGGAGCCUCAGAGUGGGAAGAGCGCGAAGGGGAGAGGACGAAGCGCCGCUUUUGGGCUUCUCUUUCUCUGGCUUUCCCCAAACAACCUGGAUAAGAGAAGAGCGCGGCAGGAGAGUGACAGCAAAAUGAUGCUCCAACACCCCGGUCAGCUGUCUGCUUCAGAAGUCAGUGCUUCUGCAAUAGUCCCAUGCUUGUCUUCUGCAGUCUCACUGGGUUUUGAAGACUUCACAAACCUAACUCCGCUGGUGAAAGAAGAAUUGAGGUUUGCCAUCCAGAAUAAGUGCCUGUCCCACAGGAUGCCCUCCACGCUGGACACCGUGAUGGUUUCCGACCAACCUGGUGAAAUGUCUAUGUUUAAAGCAGAGUGUUCGCCUCCAGAAGAUGAAAGGAAAAGGCGAAGGAGGGAAAGGAACAAGAUUGCUGCAGCCAAGUGUCGAAACAAAAAGAAGGAAAAAACAGACUGUCUCCAGAAAGAAUCAGAAAAGCUGGAAACCAUCAAUGCAGAACUGAAAGCUCAGAUUGAGGAGCUGAAGAACGAGAAGCAGCACUUGAUCUACAUGCUCAACCUCCACAGGCCCACAUGCAUCGUCCGGGCUCAGAACGGUCGGACGCCGGAGGACGAGAGAAACCUCUUCAUCCAACAGAUCAAGGAAGGAACUUUGCAAGGCUGAGCAGCAAUGGCCAGUAACACCUAAUGCCCUUGGGGCAGGCCAUUAAACACCAAAGAAAUCCAACACAGCAGCCUAAGCCAAAAGCCAUAGGAAAGCUAUCUUGGUAUUUGUGGCCUCCUGUUAGUCGAGAAAAGGCCAAGGAGGUGACAAUGCCACUAAGAAGAAAAGACUGUGUUAGCUUUGCUGUAGUUUUGCUUCUUGAAAGGACUCAACUGGGUGGAAGAGAACCGCUGCCUUCGCUUCAGGUUUAAGUAUCUGCCAUAGUUGCUAUUACUAGAAGUUGUACUCACAAUAACAGCUACAGACUUGUUGAGCUCUUCCUGGCACUUGCACUCGAGUUAUUUCUGGUAGGACACCAGGACUCCCACGUGAGGCGCACAUUGGGUGGACAACCAGGGCGAACGGGCCCCACUCCGGUCGAAGUGUAGGAAGUGUAGACAUAGUGGGUUAUUUGCAUUCGCUCACUCCACUUUCGAAAAAAAAGAAGUUUGCAACUUCCAGAAUGCUGCUUUCAGUUACGGGAGGCAUUGAAAAUACAUGUAAUGUGGAAAUUAUAAUGUUUCUGCAACCUAGUGCAAUGUUUUAAGCUGACUCUUGCACUCUUAUUUCUUGUUGUUGAAUUUUCACAGAAGCCCUUCCGUGGGUUUUUUGGAUGACUCACGGUAGAGGCAAAUUUGGGGAUGACAACGUAAGUUUCCUGCAGAAGUGCUCAUUGAAUGAGCGUGAACAUUGCCCCUUCCUUCUGCCUCCUUUUCAGAAGUAGGGGGGAAUUCCCCUUUGUGAACGCAAUUUGUGAGUCAUGCACACCGUAUCCAAAAGAAGCUUUACAGUAUAACAUAAACAUGAUGAUAAAUAUAGACUUGAAUAUUCUUUUUGAUGUAUGGUUUGCCAUAUUUUAGACCCAUAACUUGCAAAUCUUUUUCUUGGCACCUCCUUUUUCCAGGCAAAAAACUGUGAUGGCUAUAAAUUUGCCUAUUACUAAUCAGCAUGUGUGUAUUGGCAUAUAUACUUAUGUAUGCCAUAUUACUCAGACACUAAUUUUCAUGACUAUGCUAGGAAAAAUGAAGACAAAGUAGCCAAACCGCCAGAUCUAAGACCACCGCUAGAAGGAACAGUUUCUUACAUCAUAGUGCAGACAGGCAGUUUUUAUAGUGUAGUAAAUGAAGUGUUAAGGUAUGACUGGGAAGACCUACAAAUUUAGUAUCUUAUACAUAUUAAUGUGAUUAAUUCCAAAAAUGCAGAUCAGGGCAUUUCUUUUUUUUUUUUAAGUGGAUGGAGUAAUUUAAGAUAUUACAUCCAUUCUUACUCAGCAGGGCUAUUUGAUGCUUCCCAAAUUUCAGACAGAAUGAAGCCAUUAAUUUUAAUGUGCCACUAGUAUUCCUAAGCAAAGGACAAAUGUUAAAAAGAACAAAAGACAUUAAACAGAAACAUGCAAGUUCCUUGCUAUGGUUGAUCAGUAUUAUAUUCAUAAAGGGGGCAAUGUUUUAGUCUGAAUGUCCAUUGAUUGAAAAAAAAACUAAUCCUCAGUUUGUAUGUCCAAUAUAAAAACACACUUUACCUUAACAAGAGGUUUGAACAGAUUCUAGCAGAAUCUAACAAUGUUCCAAUAAACUUUGGAUUUCAGAUGUCGAAAGCUUUUAAAAGUCUCUUUAAAAACACCCUGUCUGAAAUGGACUCCACCUGGAAAUUAAAUACUGAAUUUUAAAUCCUGAAGAAGUUUUAGAAUAUUAAUUUCUGUGUAUCAGAUUCCUAUAUGCAAAACUGAGUUGUAAGAAAACUGCCUUCGCUUAGAUCUUUUCUGUUAUGUUAUGAAGUCAUUUUUAUUUUUAGUUGGUGGGGUCUGACCCAGUCCACAGGGUGAGCAGAAGGGUAUGAAGAAAGCAAUGGUUGUUCCAAGUAUUUUGCAGUGUUAAAACUAACUCAGCCACAAACACACAUGAUACCUCAGAAAACUAGCAUCAGAAAUCUGGAUUCUCAAAUAUGACUAGUACACUUGAGCUUGCUGUCUGUUGUAUCUUGCUUUGAUUUUUACAUUCUUCCAUUUGCUUUUAGCAAACUUGGAUAUAGUGCAAUGUCUAAUGCUAUGUUUCGAAUGUGUAAACGUCAUGUGACAAAAAGGUAGGAAAUGGGCCAAAUUCUGUCUUGCUUGAGUGUGAUUUUUCUUCCUGCAAAGUAAAUCCACUCUGCUGUUGGAGAUCUCCUCAUGUCAUGUUAAAAUGACAUUUUGGUGGCCUCUGCAUUGAGUAUGCAAUGAAUGGGGGUGGUGGAAGGAUAACUUGUCAUAUAACUGUGUGAUUUGCUCAAUAGAAAUAAUUGUACAGGUUGAAUAUCUCUUAUCCUAACUGCUUGACAUCAGAAGUACUUUGGAUUUCAGAUUUUUAAAAUACCUAUAUUUUCAUGUACACCCAUCAUGAGAUAUCUUGGAAAUGUGGCCCAAGUCUAAACAUGAAAUUCAUGUAUGUUUCAUACAUUUCUUAUACACAUAGCAUGAAGAAAAUGUGAUGCACAAUACUUGUAACAACAUUUUUCAUUAAAUGAUAUUGGUGUACAUUGAACCAUCAGAAAACAAAAGUGGCACUGACUAUCUUGGUCACUCAUGUGGACCAUUCCAGAUUUUGGAAUAUUUUGAAAUUCUGGAUAAGGGAUAUUUAACCUGUAUUGAGUUUCUGUAAUGAUUUGUUAGUUAUGUCGACUAUUUUGAUUGGAUCCAAAGAAGUGUGAAUGGAAGGCAAGGAUCAGCUAACUAGGUCAGCUGUAUUGCUCAGUGGCCUACUUUACAGAGUCCCCUGAUUUCAAUCCACGUCUCAAAGACGAAGAGCCUUAAGAAAAGGGAGCUGGGUUCUAAAAGAUGCCUGAUAAUGGAUAACACUUGCAUAGCAGACUGAGAAAUAGAAAUGGGCCACUUGGUCUACUUUUACCACUCAAGUGAGAUACAUUGCUUUUCUAUUCUAAGUUAUUUCCAAGUGUGCACCAUUGUCAAUAAGUCAACAUAGGUACAUUUUACGUUAACCGGCUCCUCCUUUUGUCCAGUUAUUGUUUUAUGUUUGGGCCGAUGCAGCCCCUCUCCAUCCAGUGCCAUUUUCAUGUUUGUGUAAGGCUUCUUAUGGAAGCAUUUUUGGACCUUCCAUAAGCAGAGGGCAGCCUUCCCUGGGAGGAGGAAGGGCUUCUUGGAUCCAACCACUAGUCUGGUGAUGUACGGGGGUGGGGGGCUAACACUAACCACAAAUGGUACCUACCGAGGGCACCUACUGUGUGAAAACAUCCCGCUUUGUCCAUGUAUAUUUCAUGUUUCCAAAAGCAAUCUCGCUCCCCAAUAAACAUGGAAAAUGGGCUCUGAGUGAUACUGGUGUGUGUGUGUAUGAGAAUAUAAUACAAAUGGUCCUUGCUAAAUCUCAUAUCAGAAUGUUUCUCCUUGGUAUAUGUAUAUUUUUGGAAAAUAUUGCUGUUGUGUUUCUUGUUUUUAAAAAGUGAUGACGCAGGCGUCAUAGCCCGGUGUGGCUGUUGCUGCUUGGAGUUAAAGCACACAUGCUCUUAACUAGCAUGCCAAAUGUUUUGCUAUGGUGCUGCUACUUUUGUCAAAGUUUAUCUUUGUCUAGCCAUGGCUGCUGCUUCCUCUAUGUGUGUUUGUGUUUUGAGAGUGUGGGCACAGGGUACCACAAAGUGGUACGAGAGUGCACACACACAUAUAUAUUUGGAUAACUUGAAAGCAGCAACUGCGGAGAGAAACUAGGCAAUACACCAUUCCAGUUUUUUUUUGUUACUGCCUGGAGCAGUAGCUCCCAAAUUUGGGUCUCCAGGUGGUUUUUUGGACUACUGUGUCCAUCCCUCUCUGAGUGAGUGAAGCAAAUAGAUGGGGAUGAUGAGAGAUGGAAUACAACCAGAGCUUUUGUAUUCUGUAGCAAGGAGAAUUCCAAUUGUCUGUCCGCAUGGAAAGGAAGCGUAACAGUGUAGAGUCCCUGUUCCUGCUGCAUGGGACACAGGGAAGUCCAGGUAUCAGCCAUGUAGCUCUUUGGGAGACCUAUUGAAUGGGCAAGAUGCGUGGGUUGGUGUAUCUGAUUUGAUUCUGAAUGUUUAAUAAUAAUGUAGAUGGAUCAAUUUGUCCUUAAGUUUUAUGUUUUGAUACUUUAAUAAUAAAAAUGGACUAAUA